AACAGUUAAUAUAUCGAGUAAUAGAAGAGCCGGAAAUUGAAUAUGGCUAACUACCUUCGAACAAAGCUACAUUUUCUUAUCGGUCUAGCGGGCUUCUUGGUGUUUUGUUUUGGUAUUUUCAUUUUGGCAUCAGGCAUAAAGAUAAGAAAUAUUCUAACUGGAGAGUUGAAAGUUCAUCGUGGUUUUGGGUCUAACACUUGUCAAUAUUGGGCUGGAAUACCGGUAAGGCUUCGCACUAUGUGAACCCAAAGCUGUCUUAGGUGAUCUGAUCACAUUUCAGUCGCGGUGCUUUUCUGACUCUACGUGUUGCCAGGGACAUUGUGCGAUGUACUUUAUAGCAAUUAUAUAUUGCUGCUUUGGCUGUUCGACGCGGUCGCUCGAGAAUUAUACGCGAUUGCCUCGAGCAUCAUAUAACUAACUCCCGGCUAUUAAACUCCCUAAUUAAAGGCUUUCGCUCAAAACGUCGGAGUUCGGUAUAGGUACUACGUUCAAGCCCUGUUCAGACGAGCAAUUUUCCUUGACAAGUAGUUAUAUUUGUUUGAUAGUUAUAUAAACUAUCCAACAGCCCUUGCAUGCAUGAAUAAAUAUUCGUGCACACGAGAAACAAAACUUGUCAAAAGGGAAACUUGUCAAGGAAAACGUGUUGACUGUAUACACAAGAUGCUAAACUUGUCUGUGCGAGCCCUAUUAGUGUACGGAAGUGAUUGACUUAGAUUUAAAGAAUAACGCCAUGGUUUUAUGAAUUGAUAUAACUUGAUUAGCGAUACGAUCCGUCAGAAAAAACUGCAUAAAUUUAGCUGGGGGAAAAUGGUAUAAAAACUGUUUACGACCUUCAGAGCUAUUGGACGUCAAUGGCCGCCAUAUUGGCUUCACUUUGCUCAUAUAGACCGAAUGACUGAAGUUCUUGCUCCAGUAUAUUUAGAGCUCACUGGGAGGAGCUCACUGAUCUGGGCAUGCACAGUAACUGGAUUCAUUUUUUUCUUCUUAAUCUAGACCAUUCUUACAGGAGGUGUUUUGGUCCAGACAGCGCGUUUAAAUAAACGACACUCCUUGGUAAGCCAAAGUCUGGCCUAUAUAUACUGUAUCUGUAUAAAUCGCCCCUAUAACCUAUGACUAUUGCCUUGUGAUAAGCCGACUAUACACGUAAAAACGCGAAAAUUUUUUGCAGAUCUGCAAACAGUUGUAACAAGAUUGUCGCGAAGCCUAUCGGCUUCAGGAUGCGUUCGCACUGCUUGUUCCCAGUUGUUAUGACAAGUCUGGAACAAGUUGUUAUCACUUUGUUACAAGGAGGAUGGCAGCAACAGACUUCUACAAUUGUUGCAACAAGACUGAUACAGGCUCUCAGAAACAAGUUGGCACGAGCUUGUUGUCAACCACUUGUUAUUGAAGACGUUCAGAUUUGACUUCCACUACCAACAGCUCUCACUGCAUGGCUUAGCACGCAUCUGAUUGGUUAAUCGGAUAUAUAAACGCAUCUCAUUGGUUGUUGAUCCCUUAAUGGUAGCGGUAGUCGGGAAGUCAAAUCUGAACGUCUCUAAAGCCCUGGGCAAACUAGGAAACAUUGUUGCGCAAACAUUGUUUCCUACCAAUGUUUCACCAUGUUUCCCAGAGUGGGCAAACACUAGGAAACAUUAGUGAGAAACAUAGGGAAACAUCAAAUGUUUCUGAAUUUGGUAGGAAACAUUUUUGCUUCCCGGGAAGCAAAUUUUGUUUCCGCAACAAUGUUUCCACGGGUGGGUAAACAUGGAAACAUUUGAGGAAACAUCGAGAAUCACAAAUGUUUCCGCAACAAUGUUUCCUAGUUUGCCCAGGGCUUAACAACUUGUGACGUACAGACGAUAUCAGACUUGUUGGAACAACUUGUUGCGAGUUUCUUGACCUCAUCGACCUUGUUACAAGAUGACAACAACUUGUCCCAGACUUGUCAACAACCGAUCACAUCACGCCAUCUUUGAUCACAUCACGCCAUCCUUAAAACAGCUUAACUGAUUACCAGUCAAUUAUAUGUUGCGAUUCCGAGAUACUGUAAUGGUUUAUACAUGUGUUAAUGGUAUGGUCCCAUCAUAUUUAUGCCGUAUGCUUCAAACAAGAUCACAAUUACAUAAUUUGAACACAAGAUCUAACGGAUUAUUGGAAAUACCUUUAUAUAGGACAGCGACCAGACAACGUUCUUUUCGCUACCGAGCUGCUUGUUUAUGGAACAGUUUGCCAGAAUGGUUAAAAUAUCAUAGUUUCAAUUUGGAACGUUUUAAAAAUGAGCUACGAAGUUACUUGGUUGAACAAUUUUUCGAUGGGCAGAACUGAAUUACACCUUUUACUGAUUAAAUUUUAAAUUAAAUAGUAUUAACAAUAAGUAUUUUACCCCAGAUUAUUAUAAAUAGCUUGAUAUUAUAUAUUUAAAUUUUAGAGUAAAUAGUAUAUUACAUAGUUUUUAGAAUAUAAUUUAAGUAAUUACUUCUUAUGACUUUUGUAUUGAACACUGAAAAACCCUUUUGGGAGUGUUUAAUAUUAACAUUAAUAAUAAUAAUAAUAAUAACUGCGAACAAGCAGUGCGAACAGUUUAAUAAUUCCAAGACCAAUCAAUCCCACAGCAGUUUCCAAGAAGAUAGUGUUGAGUUAUAUUACGUGUUUCUAAGAAUUUAGUGUUUAGUUGUUUUACGUCUAAUUAUUUUUCCAGAAAUACAUCAGCCUUUGCUGUGUAAUGAUUACGAUGGUCCUAGCACUGGGAGUGAUUAUAAUAGAAGGAUUCGAUGCUACAAUAAUACACAGAUUUCUCAAGGAAGAUUCAUGGUGCGAAGUAACUAAACAAGAACACAAGUAUAGGUUGGAUUGUGCCAUACUCAAAGAAGCAUAUCCCUGGUAUUUUAUGUUGGUAUUCAUAACUGUUAUUGUGUUGGUGCUGUGUUCCUUCGUCAAGCUCCUACUGUUUACAGACUGGAUUUUGUUUGUUGCACCGGUAAGAAAUAUGUUAGCUUUAUAGUUGUUCAUAUUUUACAGGCACUGAAGUCAAAAUGAAGUUACUUCAUUUGCAACACGAGCGGCCGGGUUGUGUCGGUCCGAUACAACACGGACGCGAAUGUUGAAAAUGACUUGUGAAACAUCUUGAUGAGAACAUUUCGUAUUCUUCAACAAUUUAAAAUAAAUGAAUGAUAUUUGGUGAGAAAACUAAACAUAAAGUUUAUUAUGUAAAUCAGCAUAAUUUUGUAUCAUGCAGAAACAAAAACUCCUUCACCGUCAUGAUUUUCUUUGUUUUUUUCAUGAAUCAGUAUUAUAAUAAUGAGUUUCACAAAUAUAUAUUGGAUAGUUGUAUAAGUUCUAAAUUGUUCUUCCAAGACGCCCAGUAUGGCAUCACAGAUAUUGGAGAAAUUCACGUACAAAGGUGGCUAAAAUUUUCGGUCGAAAGCUGACAGAAAAUUUUUCAUCUCCCCUAGUGGUCAUAGAAAAUAAGAAAUUUUAUCCAGCCCUGGCAAUAAGAUUGAAUGUAUAUUCUACAGUACUCAUUUAUAAAAAAAAUUGUGAUAUUUUCAGGAAAUGCUACAGGACCAACAGGCAUCACGUGAAGUUCCUCCACCGCAGCAGGAAAGAUAUGUGGCAGCGCCCACGGAACAAUACCAGCGGACUUGGAAUUCUCAAUACGGUCAGAGUACAAUACCAUUCCAUCCAAUGUAAAUCCACGAAAACGAAUGGCCAUGGCCCCUCAGCCUCGUUUUCGUGUUUAAGCUUAUUUCCACAAUUUAGUCCAAAUUUUUUUUAUGCAUGUGUUGACGAAGGAUGUUCUGCUCCUCUGACCAUAGCCCGUGAGAAACAAACUUGAAAUCUAUUCCAUUUAAGGUGAAAACAUGCAGUGUAGUUGUGACGUAAUUACCGGAAAGGGUCUAUUGGGGUCAAGCCAGUUACUGUACAUACAAAUGAUGAUGGUUAAUAAGUAAAUAUAUUAAUAAAUUUUAGUUAAUAAAAGUUAAUAAGUUAAAUAAUAAAUAAGUUGCAG